GGUUAAUGAUCGCUGGGGCGAACAGUGACUGGAGGAUCGAAGGUCAGGGAGCAGGAGGAGGAACCCGCAGGGUGCUGGGGCCGGUGGGACGCAGAGGAGCCCGAAGACAACCAUGGUCACAAUCACAGAGUUUCAGAAGAUAGGGGUCGGCCUCUCAGGGUUUGGCCUGUUCUUCUUGCUGUUCGGGGUUCUUCUGUACUUUGACUCCGUCUUGUUGGCGUUUGGAAACGUGUUGUUCCUGACCGGCCUGGCUUUCGUCAUCGGCCUUCAGAGGACGGCCACGUUCUUCUUUCAGAGGCAGAAGCUCAGAGGCUCCUCCUUCUUCCUGGGGGGCGUGGCCCUGGUGCUGAUGCGCUGGCCCGUGGUUGGCAUGGUGAUGGAGACCUAUGGUUUCGUCCUGCUGUUCAGAUCAUUUUUUCCAGUGGCCUUUCAAUUUCUUGGCUCAUUAGUGAACAUCCCAUUUCUCAGUACGAGUUCAAAUGAAGAGAAAUGACCCCCCCCUCCACCCCUUCCCCCCUUUCUUUCCCCCAAAGAUACUCAGCAAGCUGUCUGGAAGCAGCUCCUCCAUGGUCUGAGGGGAACUGCUGGCGGACAGAGAAAAGCAGACAGCAGAGUGUUCUGGAGGGGAGUUCCGGUUUGGACCGGUUUUACCUGGUUCUGCCUGGUUCUACUUCCACUGACGGAGAUGAGACGAGACCAAAGAACGCCGUCCCGCCGCCGCUUAGAGAUGAAGUUCCAGGACUGACUUCAGCCCCGUCAAACACUCCUGUCUCAUUUCCACUGCAAAUCUACCCACGUCCGUCCCAUUCAGUAUACGGCAAACAUGACAGACUAUUAAUAUUAUUAUUAUUAUUAUUAUUAUUAUUAUUAUUAUAUUAAUUUGCUAUGUCAGUGCAAUAGCCUGCUCUCAGAUGACUAACAGAUCAAUGACUGAAAGAACUGGGACUAAAAAAAAAAAAGUAAUUGAGGUCAGAGAUUAAAGUUUUUUUUUCUGACAAAUUGUGCCGAUUGAAAUGACAAUGAAAUGCUGAGAUUUAAAUUAUUAAAGGGUUUUUCAUUGUUGUUCUUUU